AGCCUCGAAUCUCUCAAUUUCGGGCAGUACUACAGUACAUUGUGUCCGAAUCAUGACCCUUGGUUGAUGAGACCUUGGAUCCGUAAAUUUCCAUUUUGCCGGUUCUGAUUAAAUCUUCCAAUUCUCUCCCCUGUAUAGAUAGGCAUAGCCCCUAAUAAAGUUCUCACAUACUGCAAACAGUGUUAAAAAACACACACACACAAUCAGAGAGAGCCUAUCUGUCUGUAUAUCUAUCGGUUUCUGGACGUUUCGAAUUGGAGGGUUUGGGUUUUAGAUCGAAGGAAUUUGAGAGAGAGAGAGAGAGAGAUGGCGGAACAUGAGGAAUCGAAGGUUGAAUCGGUGAUGGAGAAGAUAAGUGAGAAAAUCCAUGGUCAUGAUUCGUCGUCUUCAUCGUCUGAUUCCGAGGACGACAAGUCAUCGUCGCUGAAAUCAAAGGUUUAUCGGAUUUUCGGUAGAGAAAAACCUGUUCAUAAGGUCCUCGGCGGUGGCAAACCGGCUGAUUUGUUUUUAUGGAGGGACAAGAAGAUAUCGGCAGGAAUUCUAGGUGGUGCCACAGCCAUCUGGCUUCUGUUUGAAAUGAUUGGUUACCAUUUGCUCAGUCUAGUCUGCCAUGGUUUGAUACUUGCUCUGGCUAUACUGUUUUUGUGGUCAAAUGCUUCCACCUUCAUCAACAAGUCUCCACCACGUAUUCCAGAAGUUUACAUUCCAGAGGAGCCUGUUCUGCAGUUUGCCUCUGCUUUGAGGGUCGAGAUCAAUCGGGCUUUUGCAUUCCUGAGGGACAUUGCAUCUGGAAGAGAUUUGAAGAAGUUCCUCUCUGUGAUUGCUGUCUUGUGGGUCUUGUCAAUUGUGGGCAGUUGCUGCAACUUCUUGACCUUGUUCUAUAUAGCUUUUGUUUCGCUCCAUUCGGUGCCUGUGCUGUAUGAGAAGUAUGAGGACCAGGUGGACUCAUUCGCAGAGAAGGCAAUGGUCGAGAUCAAGAAACAUUAUGCAGUCUUUGAUGUAAAGGUAUUGAGUAAGAUCCCCAGGGGUCCAUUGAAAGACAAGAAGAAGGCUUAAGAGUGAUGGAGGUAUUAGCCAUUACCUGGUUUUGAGAGGUUUGGUAGUUGUGUUUUAUCAACUGUUUUCUUUUUAUAUCUAUUAGUGAAUAAUAUAUCUUAUUUGUCUAGUGUCUCUGGGUUUACAACUAGAUUGGACAAGGACAAUUCUAUACUUGUGAUGGGUGCUAUUUUCAUGAAUUUCAGUAAUUAGAUGUGGGGAUGGAUGUUAUUAUGUGAUCUGCAUGUCAAUCAUAUAUUCCAUUUCUAUGAUGGUUUGUUUCACAACGCUUUUAUUGCAGUGAAAUGGAUGGCAUCGUUCAUCUGAUGCUUUUGAUAGAGAAUUCAAUUGAGCAGAUUAGAGAAAUGACACUUUUAGGAGCAUCCUCUAGG